ACUAAUAACCAGCGUCCAAAGUUUUUAAGAACAAUUCCAGCAAGCAAGGCAGAAUCUUUUUCACCUUUUAUGACCAUGUCACUUCAGAAAAGGCAGAGUGUCUUGUCACUUGUGCUUUAUUGUAAUGAUCAAAACAGCCCCAGAAGUCUGCUGAAUUUUAAGGGGAAAGGAUAAUGACCCCCAUGAUGGAGAGUAGGGAUGUGAAAUGGCAGUCUUUGAAAAUACAGCUUGCUGCAGUGUAUAUGAGACUCACCCUUCCUGGAAGAGUUGUAGAAAAUGGAAGUGAGCAGGGGUCCUACGAUGCAGAGAAAGGAAUUUUUACCAUUCGAUUACCCAAAGAAACUCCUGGGCAGUAUUUUGAGGGAUUGACCAUGUUAACGGCUCUUCUGGCACCAAGAAAACCCAGGACGGCCAAACCACUUGUGGAAGAAAUAGGUGCUCUUGCAGAAGUAGUAGAAGAUGACGAUGGAGAGUUUGAUUGGGAAAUUGAACAGACUCCCUAUGAAGAGGUACCGGAAGGCACUCUGAAUCCACAGUGCUGCUAUGGGUUUGGGAACUCACGGGCAGGAGUGGUUCUUCGGUUACAGGAUGAGUUGAGUGAUGUCAUUGACAUUAAGGAUCCAGAUUUUACUCCUGCGGCUGAACGAAGGCAGAAGCGCCUGGCUGCUGAGCUGGCCAAAUUUGAUCCUGAUCAUUAUCUAGCUGACUUGUUUGAAGACGAGGCAGUCAAACAGAUUUUGAAGUAUAAUCCUUGGUGGAAUGAUCCCUAUUCAGAAAUGAUGACCUGUUUGGGGAAGAGUCAGGAGCCAGAAAGUCAUGGAGCAUUAGUGUCUUUUUCUGAAGAAGAGAAAUAUCAGCUACGGAAGUUUGUCAAUAAAUCCUUCCUGCUAGACAAGAGAGCUCGCCGUCAGGUGUGCUACGGUUUAAUUGAUAUUCUUCUGGCAUAUUGCUACGAGACUCGCGUCACCGAGGGUGAGAAGAAUGUUGAGUCUUCAUGGAAUAUCAGGAAACUGAGUGCCACACUGUGCUGGUUUGAGACAUGGAAUGAUGUGCGUGAAAUCCUGGUGUCUUUUGGAAGGAGAGUUUUGUGCUACCCACUUUAUCGCCAUUUCAAGCUGGUGACGAAGGCCUACAGAGACGUAAUAAAGAUCUUGCAGCUAGGUAAAAGUGCAGUUUUAAAGUGUCUACUGGAUAUUCACAAAAUUCUUCAGGAAAAUGAUCCUGCUUACAUUCUGAAUGACCUCUACAUCUCUGACUACUGUGUGUGGAUUCAGAAAGCCAAGUCCAAAAAGUUGACUGCUCUUGCGGAAGCCUUGAAAGAAGUCUCCCUUACCAAGGCGCAGCUGGGCUUAGAGCUGGAAGAGCUGGAAGCAGCGGCCCUUCUUGUCCAGGAGGAAGAAGCUGCCAGAAAUGCAGCCAGCUCCCCUUCCCCACAGCAGACACCUUGCUGCUCUCCAGAGCCCAGGGAUCCAGAGGGGUCAGGGUCCUCCGACACUGAAGACCCAGCCUCAGAGCAAGAGGGGCUGGCGGAGCGUCAGGCGGUGCCUGGGGCUUCUCUGCGGGGCCCCUUUCUGGCGGAGAAUGAUGCCCUGCUUCCUGAUGGUGGGGUAGGACAGAAGUCCGCCAUGGGUCAGGGGGUGCUCCUGGCCUCUUCCCAGGAGCCUGCAGGGCGCAGGCCUCUGAUAGAGGAGCUUGGGGACCAUCUGAGGACGGCACUUCAGAUUUCCCCGUUGGAGGGAGCUGCUGGGCAGAGCCACGGCGAGACGCAGGACAGAGAGGAGCAAGCAGUGCCCAGGGACUGACUCAGGCUCAGCCGCGGCCGGGCUGUUUGCUGGGAAUCAGGUCAGGGGUGGACUUGUCUCUGGAGCUAGGAUCCUCCAGUGUGCUUCCUACUUUUUCUUUGUACAUACAAAGGUUUUUUUUUUUUUU